AUGUCGGAGCGGAAAGUAUUAAAUGUACGAAAUAGGAGACAGGAGUCUCAGAUCGCCAUGGGGUGGCUGAUAAUUGCUCUGUUAGUGGGUUCUAAUGGGAAAGCUGCUACUGGGGUUGUAACAAUGACUGUGUCCCUUAAAGUGAUUUUUAUCUGUACCACCCCUUGUAUUUAACCCCCUGAAACCCCUUCACAGUGAUAGCUUGUUAUUGAUUUGUAAAACUCCUAAUUGUGUGAUGUUUUUUUUAAAGGAAUACUCCACUAAUUCCUGCAAAGAUAGUAGUUAUUACUUUAAUUGUGUGUAUGCAUUGUUUAUUUUUAAAGAGAGAGAAAUGAUGUGCCACAAUGUGUCCCCUAAAUAUUACACAUCUUACUCCUAUCCUUUACCUACUGCUCUUCCUUAGAACAUAACAGCAGGGGUGCCCAAAAAGUAGGUUACCAGAUGUUUUAACGCGAGAGUGGACUGAGAAGUCCUAAGUGGGAGCGUUAACAUUAAAAAGUCUCACAUAUACAGUUUAUUGUGGGUUAUUCCACAAUCUCAGGGGAGAGUAACAUAGGGCAUCCUUUGGUACUGAUCCACUAACCCCCCCCCCCCCAUUACCCUGGGACUCUUGGAUCAGCACCUUUCUCAUUACAAAUUUUACAGAGAUGUUUUAAAACUACAGCUUCCAUGAUGCUUUGUCAUUCUAAAGGAAUGCAAAGCAUUGUCGUAGUUGUAGUUCUACAUCUGGGGAUCUACCUUUUUGUCACUUCUUCUUUACGGAAUAGCAUGUUUGUGUUUCCUCUUUCUCCAGCUCUAUGCCUACAGUGCAAUGUCUUUCAGUAGCCAUCUCCAAAAAUGUUUCUGCCACUAAUCCCUCAUCCUACUCAUACUUCUUCCACCUUUUUUAUAGCAUGCUACUUUACCUGCCUCUUAUUGUAAACAUUUAUCUACUUUACACGCUAUUCAGUAAUAAAUGUAUGUCUGCAGAUCUCUGGUCAUUAACUUCAAACACUAUCUGCAACCUCAUGUCUCAACUCACCAUUAUUACCUUUAGAUUGCAAGCUCAUUAAUUAUCUUGCUAAGCACUUUGUAUAAAAGUGCUGUAAUUGCGAGAUCAUCAGCAGGGUCCAUUUUGUGUACAUUGGUUGUUUAUAUUCUGUAUAAUUACCAAUUCUGUUUUCAGAAAUUUUGUAAAGUAUUCUGGAUAAAAAUGCUAUUUAAAAACUGUUUAAUAAGAACAAAAGCAUAUUUCACUCAAUGAAUCUGUAUAUAGAACAUGGUCUUGCAUCCCACUUUUCCGUAAUCUGCCAUUUAGGAGUUAAGUCACAUUUAUUUCUGUUUAUGCUGCCAUAGCUACAUCUCCUCUGGCUGUGACUCACACAGCCUCCAUGAACAAAAAUGGUUUCAUUUUCGAUCAGAUCUUAUAGCACAGUGUGUUUACUUUAUCUCCUGCUUUGUUAAUUGAACUUAAGUCACACAGAGGAGGCUGUUGCAGGCUCUUAACAGUGCAGGAGAUGAGAAUUUCUGAAGUCUGCCUAAUAAAAGCAGUUUAAAGAUAUUUUUCUUUUCUCCCAGCUGUCAGUCAAUGCCGAAGCAUUGGUUGACAAUGGAGAGUAGAAAAGACCUCCCACAGUAGCGCAUGUGGUGUGGUUGCUAUGGAAACUAUAGCGCUUCUAGUGCUACUCCAUGCCAACACUGACAACAAAGCCAGCGUGCCAACUUAACUGACAAAUUUGUCAAAUCAAAAAAGACUUUGGGAGGAGCAUUGGUGUUAUACAAAGAGUAACACCCACGAAGCAGUGCUGUAAUGGAGGAAAAGUGAGGACGUCUUUACAUUUUACAUUAGAUACCACGUAUCUUUAUGUAAUAUGGGUAAGCUGCAUGCAGGAUCAUUUUGCAAACAGUGUACAUACUUUUCUGGUGGAACUUUAAUCUGUUAUGCUUUUUUUUUUUUUUCUUCCAAUUUUAGAAAUAUUAUCCCCCGGAUUUCGAUCCGUCUAAAAUUCCAAAGUUGAAACUCCCAAAAGAUCGCCAAUAUGUGGUUCGUCUGAUGGCCCCAUUUAAUAUGAGGUGAGUCCCGUUGCUUGUACUGUGCGUCAAACUUUUUAUGUUGCCUGGGUGUAAACUUGUUGCCUUUCCACAUUUUCCUAUUUGACUAUUAUAGGUGCAAGACUUGUGGAGAAUAUAUUUACAAAGGGAAGAAGUUCAAUGCUAGAAAGGAAACUGUGCAGAACGAAUUGUACUUGGGACUCCCAAUCUUCCGAUUCUACAUCAAAUGCACCCGCUGCUUAGCUGAGAUCACUUUUAAGGUUAAGUGAAAAAAAUCCCCAUUGCUUGUGUGGUUUUGUUUCAUAUUUCAUAACCUCCAUAUUUUAGGGUUAUACUUUGUGAUUAAAGGGACUCUGUUGGCAACCAGACCAGUUCAGCUCAUUGAAGUGGUCUGGGUACAGUGUCCCUAUUGCACUUAGCGAUACAAUGUAAAACCUUGCAGUUCCAGAGAAACUGCAAUGUGUAAAUUGCAGCACUAAGUCUGCCUUCAGUGGCUUUCUACCAGGCAGCCACUAGACGUGCUUCCUGGAUGUUAACAGACUUUUGGCCCAGUAACUGACGCUGACUGUCCACAUGCUCUGCAUGAAGACAUCUGCUAUUUCUCCAUAGUAAAAAGCAUUAAUUCAAUGCUUUCCUAGGAGAAGGAAUGUGUGGUGUGCAGCACUCGCUGUUCAUCCACAUUAGGCGCCCUCUUAGUAUUCCUACCACUAUAGUAUCUGAUUGAUAAAGGAGCACAUUUCAUAUUUGUUGGCUAUUUCAAUCCCAUAUUGGUUGAUUAGCAAACAUAUGUGGGUUAAGGGUAUAUUUAUCAAUCUCUCACCUAUGAAGCCCUCCACAAAGUGUAGAAACAGUUGUGAUUAGGAAACAUAAGUCUAAUUGUAGUUUUAAUACGUGGAAAGUGACUAUAGAUUUAGAAAAAGAUAUUUGUAAACAAGAUUUGGACAUUAAUGAUAUCAUACAUGAGUCUAUAGUGGCAACACUGCCUGGGUCCUGCAAUCCAAUCUACACCACUGUUUUUCAUACCUAUGCUUCAUUUUCUUUCUUUUAUAUUUUUUUUAAUGCAGACAGACCCGGAGAACACAGAUUAUGCCAUGGAGCAUGGAGCUACUCGCAAUUUCCAGGCAGAGAAGUUAAUUGAAGAAGAAGAGAAAAAAGUUCAGAAAGAUCGGGAGGAAGAAGAGCUCAAUAAUCCAAUGAAGGUAAAUUCAGUCACACCUAAUUAAAAAUCUGGUAUUUCAGUUCACACGACAUUGCUCAAUUUAAAGGGACACUAUAGUCACCCAUAACACUUCAGCUCAAUGAAGUGGUCUGGGUGCCAGGUCCCCCCAGGUUUUAACCCUUCAGAUGUGAACAUAGCUGUUUCAGAGAAACUGCUAUGUUUACAUUGCAAGGUUAAUCCAACCUCUAGUGGCUGUCUUCCUGACAGCCGCUAGAGGCAAUUCCGCGACGCUGAAUGCGAAAUUCACAUCCAGCGUGUAGAACGUCCAUAGGAAAGCAUUGAGCAAUGCUUUCCUAUGGACUGUUUGAAUGCGCACGCGCCUCUUGCCGCGCCCGCACAUUCCGCUCCACUCGGGAGCUGAUGUCAGUGGGGGAGGAGAGGUCACCGGCGCUGGAUAACGGUAAGUUAAGGGAGGGGGACCCUGAGGGUGGGGGUCCUCAGGAUGCUAUAGUGUCAGGAAGUUUGUUUUCCUGACACUAUAGUGAUCCUUUAACAACUGUCUAGUAAAGUUGUGUCCAUAGCUUUAAAGGAGCACUCCAAUACUAAACAUAAAUAUUAUUUUUAAUGUUCAUGUUACCCUCCGAACUUUUAUAUUAUGCACCAGGCAGUUUACUCCCAGCAUCCACUCUCUGACUGUUCUGAGAUUAUCUGUCUGGAUGAUCUCUGGUCCAAUAAUAUUUAAAGACAAGCUGGCAAGAGCUUUUCUCUCUUUCUCAGGUCUGAAGCAAUCCAUAUGUAUUUUUAUUUUUAACUAAAUGUUACAUUUUUACUUUUAUCUUUUAGACUAGGCAUACUUUUUUUUAAAUCUGAAUCUAUUGUAACUCCAAUAGACAAAAUUAUAUUGUGCAGCUCUUACAACCAACUAGACCAGUGUAAUUUGUCCCUGAGUGUCACGACAAGUGACCCAAACACACAGAAUAUAACCCAAAUAGAAAACUUAUUACCGGACCUUAGAAUGGCUGGGUAGGUAGAACAGUCAAAGAAUAGCCAAAGUCAAGAAAAAGCAGAGAUCAGGAUAACUAUAAGGAAUAGCCGAGUCAGGGAACCAGAAAACAGGAUAAACGAGCUGAGUCAGGAUACCAGAACGAAGAAUAGUCAAUAAACACAAGCCGAGUCAAAAUACCAGAAAGGUACCCCUUUCUGUCUCAUUAGAGAUCUUUGCCAGAUGCUCAAGGAAGCAAGGUGAAUGGUUAGAGCUAGGACCCACCUGGGGGGGGGUCUGCCUUGACGUUGGCAGGUGGGCUUAUCCUCUCAUGGCCAUUGGAGGUAACUAAAAAACAUCCAUUUGUUUAAAAAUACAUAGGGAUUAAGGAGAGAGCGCAGGUAACUUGUCUUUCUUUGGUUUUUACUAUAUAUUGGGGCUGAUGUUUACUGUAGUCAUUGCUGCCGCACAGUGAUGGGAGUGAGCGCGGGACUUAUAUUUCUGCAAAAUACCAAGAUACACAGACCGAUAACAGGAUAGCACUAGAGGGAACAACCAGUGAACCACAAUAGGGCACUGAACAAAAGCAAAAGUCCCGAAAACAUCAGGGAGCGUGUAAUAUUUUGACUCUUCGCAGCAUAGCCACUAUGACGUUGGUGCGCAUGCACAGCGUCAUAAAAGGAGGCGUGCAUAGAGUGGUCGCCGGGAGGAGUCGGCACCCGGAACUACACCUUGCGGGUCCGCGGGAGAAAGGUAAGGUAUUGUGACACUGAGGCUAUUGACCUUGUGAUCAACUAAAAAAAAUCAUUGUAUUAGAUUCACCAUUGAACCAGCUUGCUUUUUAAAAUAAAUUAUUUUAUUUAUCGAAAAUUGUUUUAAAAAAAAAAAAAAUACGUACUAAUAGCAGCAUAUGCAGGUUCCCAACAUGCUAAAUCUUUGGCUGAGUUUGUGUUUUAUUAAAUUCGCCAUUAUCUCGAUUUGUCAAUAUAAUUCAAACAAGUGAGACAUGUUCAUGUCUUUUUUAUCAUACAUAACAAUUAAAUAUGUAAUACCCUAAGAUAAAUCUAAUGUCUAAUAGUAGACUAAGUAACUAUUUGAAAACAUAUUAACGCUUUGUCAUCUCACAACAAACCAUUGAAAGUAUGAUCUGGAAGAUAUUCUUAGUAUGCUUUAUAAUAUAAAAAUAUUACAAUGCAAUGCUAGGUUUUUUUUUGUGUGUGUGUUUGUUUUUCUUUGUGUAUAAGUGGUGCAAAUAAAUAUCACCAAAAGAUAUAUAAUUUAAAAAUGCAACAAAAAGGGAAGAAAGUGGAGAAUAAAAAUCAAACCGUACAGAGCACUGUGUAAACUGGGACCUCCCUCUGCUGAUGACAAUAUUGCCAUCCGUCGUGGUUGGGGUUAAUGUAGGGUAAGUGUUAAUUCUGGGUUAGGGAUAAUGUAGGGUUAUGGUUAGUAUAACAAAGGGUUAGAGGUAGAAUUGUAUUGAUUUUGAUCUGUAAAAAAUAUUUUUAAAUUUUUUCCCCCCCCAUUUUCAACAACUUAGUCAUACUUAAAGAACCUCUAAAUUCGCCUAAACCAUUUCAUCUCAGUGAAGUAGUCUUGGUGCAGUUGUCAUGUAUGUUUAUCCCUUCCAGGUAAAAACAUUGCUGUUUUUCCAGAAAGUGCCCUCCAGAUGUUGCUGAACUACAACUCCCAUGAUUCUUUGAAUUACAUAGAUAGCCAGAGAAUCAUGGGAGUUGUAGUUCAGCAACAUCUGGGGGGCCGGUGUUUGAGGACCAUUGCCUUUAAGGGUUAAACAUGCCUCUAAUGGCUGUCACACUAACAAGGAUGCUGUCAGCUAAUGAGCUCGCUCUGCAUUGCAGGGCAUAGCCCAUUAGAGCUAACAGAAGCUCCCUCAGCUUCUUCCAUGCCCCUUCCCGCAGGCAGUAGGUGUGGAGAGGCACCUGGGAGACCCCAAGUAAAGCGGUCAAAUCGUCAUUAAAUGAUCUGACUACUAACAUUGGGUGGUGAGGGGACUGCAAAGGUUAUUGUUUUUGGAGUGUUCCUUUAAAUUGUAAUGCUUUGUAUUCCCUUAAAAUGUAAUGCUUUGUAUUGAUAUUUUGUGUGUGUGUGUGUGUGUGUGUGUGUGUGUGUGUGUGUGUGUAUGUAUAUAUAUAUAUAUAUAUAUAUAUAUAUAUAUAUAUAUAUAUAUAUAUAUAUAUAUAAAAAUAUAUGUAUGUAUGUCUAGGAUUGCAAUGUCUCUUGCCAAAAUUUGUCAUGAAGGGGAUUAACACAUAAAACUUGCCACAUUAGUAAUUUUUCUAAUAUACAUCAAUAUGCAUAAUUAAAAUGUCUGCCAUUAAAAGUCUUUGUAUUGUUCUAGUUCUGCUAAUUAAUCACUUCCCUGAUUUGAAGUGACCGUGGUGCCUGCAGUGUUUUCCUAUGAAACUCUGCACAUACAGAGUUUAGCCCUCGUGCUGCCAAAGGUGUAACUCCACCUCUUGCAGUGCCACUUUCAUUGCAUUGGCUUAGAUCAGUCAGCUCUGCAUGAAUGACAGCUACUGCUUGUUGCUGUGCAGAAGCUGAAAGCACGUCAAUGUUUUGCCCCCUUACCAGGAAACUGAAUCGGGGUACUCUUUACAUCAAUCAACCGGAUCAGCGGGCUGUGGUUGUUUUAAUUGUAGUACUCUUUAGUAUGACCAUUGUGAAGUAUCCGCCUUUUGAGCUAAACGUACUGUAUUGGAUAUGUGUGCUGUCAGGUUCUGGAGAACCGAACCAAGGAUUCAAAGAUGGAAAUGGAGGUUCUGGAGAAUCUACAGGAACUAAAGGAACUGAAUCAGCGCCAAGCAAAUGUGGACUUUGAGUCAAUGCUUGGUCGUUACAGAGAAACUGAGGAGCAAAUGAAAAAGAGACAGGAAGAGGAGGAUGAAAGCGAGAUGAGGUAAAUUGAAUUAUGUUGGUCAGAAUGUACUUGGAAUGUUAGGCUGUUGCCCUGCGUUGGAGCUGAUCAACAUUCUGUUUUUUUUUUUCUGUAUAAUUGAAUAAUUUCUCUUAAUUCAGAGCAAUGAUCGCCGAAGCUCAGAAGAAAAGGCUGCUAGAGGAUUCUGACUCUGAUGAAGAAUCAUCUGAGGUGAAAACUAAAGAGACUGUGAAGAUAAACCCAACAGAUAUCCUAAUCAAGGUGAGCCAUCUUGCUUUUGACAGAAUAAUAAUAAUGAUCUGGAUACUUGUUUUGCAUCCUGACAGAGUAGAACUGUGUUUUUCUUGUUUUGUAGAUUUGUUUAAACUUCUCAAUAUUUUACCAUGCAAAUGAAUGGUAGUUGGUUAUGCACAAUUCCUGCCAUUUACUUGUAGAAAAUUACUGAGGGCAGUGUAUUGUGUAAUUCUCCAUGUAAUACGGUUGGCUGGGAUAGUGUUUCUCAUGCAGUUUAUGCAGACUACAACACAAAACGCAGUGUGUGGGCAUGAUUGCAGAAGCACACAAUGGUUGUGUGUGUUUGUGAUUACAGCGGCUCACGAUAAGUAUGUAUGUGCGAUUGUUGUGGUACAGGAGGCAAUGUGUGUGGGGAUGAUUGCAAACAGUUGUGGAUGUGUUGUGCAUCUGAACCGCAGUGCAGGAUAUAGUAACGGUGUGGCAAUACCACACACAAUGCAGUGUAUGUGUGUGAUUGCAACUGUUUAGAAUGCAGUGUGUGGGGCUAUGACACUGCAGGAUGCACUGUGAGAGGCUACAACACGGCAGAAUGUAGUGUGUGUGGGUGCAAUGGCACAGGAUGGAUUUUUUUAUGUUUGGGACAGCACAGAAUGCAUUGUUUGUGUGAUGGUGCGAUGACAACUGAUGCAUUGUAUAUGUGUAUGCGUGAUGACUCCGUAUGCAGCAUGAGAGGUUGGGAUAAUUAGGAUUCAGCCUGUGUGUAUGCUGUAAUUUGAACAAAACAUAAAUGCAGUUUGACAGUAAAGGGUAAUACAGUGAGUAUGGUUUGCAAGUAAUUUCAAUCUGGAAAAUGCAUGGCACAACAUCAUGCACAUCAAGUUACUGAGCUCUGAUGUACAACUUGAUUGAUGGACUUUAUUGCAGAUACAGUGCUAGACGCUAUUUAUUCUGUUACUAAGAAAACCUGAAACAAGAUUAAGAUCUGAGUACAAAUUCCACAAAUAAAAUUGUCAAAAAUGGAAUAAACCUUUUAAGAGGAACUGUCACUUUCUCAAUUUUAGUACACCCUAAUGGCCAACUGGAAGAAGUUAGUUAUUGGUUAUGUUAAAUUGUGUUUGGUUUUUUUUUUUUUUAACCCCUUAAAGACACAUGACAUGUCAUGAUUCCCUUUUAUUCCAGAAGUUUGGUCCUUAAGGGGUUAAAGCUUAAUUUAAAUUAUCCGGUUACAAUGUACAUUCGUUCACUUGCAAUGUCUUGUACAUAGCACUAAGGCACAGCUGAAAAAUAUGCCGACUGCACAUAAGCAAUGCCAAAAGCCUCCGCCGGGGGGGUGGGGGGUGUACUCGCCCCAACAUGAAAGUGCAGUGGAGGGAUUUGCACUUAUUUUACUUAAUUUACUCCAUUGCAUUGUUCCACCCAAUGAAUGCUGCAAAAAUGUUUACUUGGGUGAAGGAACGAAAAACUCACUAGUCUGUAACUGGCAGUUCCUCUUUAAAUGUCACUUUAAAUCUGCAGUUACUACUACGCAGAACCACAUAAUCUCAUACAUCGCAAUACAUUUCAUUAGGUUGCUUUUAAAAACGUGAACCUUGUUUCAUGAUACUAUCCCAGCACUUUAGCUUGCCUGCCAUGUUAGAUUGUGCCAUGACCUAUAUCACUAGGGGAAGGUCUGCCAGAACGUGUAACAGUUGGCUAAAAUCUUGAAGCACUGAAAACCUCAGUUUUAAAAUAAAAUAUGUAGUUUUGACAAAUUACUAACAUAAGACUGUGUAUGUGUCUGGAUAUGCUAAAUGGGAGAGUGGAAAUAACAGUUCAACAAACAUGUACCAACAUUUCUAAAAUAACUCUAGAUUUUAAACCCUUCCACAUACAGGCAAAUCCCAUGUUGCUUAUAUGCUGGCUGAGUGGUUGGUCCUGCUGGUGCCAAUGCCCAAGCUGAAUGAUCUCUGAUGUUAAUAUAAAUGAUUAGGGUUUUUUUGUGCAUAUAGUGUAAACAUGUAAUUUAUCUACAGAGUUCAGAUGUGCAGAACAAAAGACAAUGCAGUGAGACGUGGGAGACCAACAAAAUCAAAUUAAACAACCGUCAACGGAUAUCAGAGCUUGUGGUCAGGAAGCGGGAAGGAGCAAAGCCUGAUAUAAAUGCAUUACACAAUGAGGAUGCCACACGUAAAACUGACGUGUCUCAGGGAAAGAAUGCACUCUCCAACAUGAAUGCAAGCCAUGGCACAACUGCACCGCAGACUUCUUCACAUGGUAAUUUUACAUCCUCAUACUAUCAGAAUGUAUCAGAACAUACAUGAUCGUCUAGUCCAUUACCCUAGCCUAUUACGUGCAAUGCAUGUAAAUUAAAAAUAACAAGUAAGGUUUUUUAAAAAUUCAAGUGAUGGUUUUGCUAAAAUUUGGCAUAAUAUAUCCACAAGGUGCUGAGUAUGCAAGUUUGGCAUAUGUGUUCAACUUUCUUAAAUUAAUACUAGAGGGGCACUUGGGGUCCCUGGAAAUUAUUUAUCUGAAUAAAUGUGUAUGUAGCCUUUAAUUGAUUACUGUGAGAAAUUAGUAAGCAUGCACACUAAAUUUCAACUAUUUGUGAAUGGAAGAACUCUCUGACAUUAAUGUUCUUUCACCAGAUUGUUGUUCAAACCAAUAUAACUUUAAUUUAAGAUAAAUACAAAACAAUGUUGCCUGGUAUACUAAGGAGUACUGGUAAGCAUGCUUUAUUUAAAGGGACAUUCUUAAGUACCAAAACUACUUUAAGUUAAUGAAGCAGUUGCAGUGCUUCUCUGCCAUUUUGGAGUUUAAUCACUUUUGUUUCUGUUUAUGCAGCCCUAACCACACCUCCCCUGGCUGUGACUGACACAUCCUGCAUGAGCUCUAUCUCACCCUGCAAACACCUCCAGGGACACCGUGUGUACUUACAAUAGUCAGACAGCCUAACCUGCCCCGGAGAGUGCAGUUUAUAGGGAAAUAUCCUAGUUUGUGAGUCCUGAUCUGAAUUGCAUUGCAUUUUUCAGACCAUUGGCUCAUGUACAAACCCACACAGUGCUGAGCUGGCAGGGACCCUGAACAGUUCCUGCCUGCAGUAUUACACGAAUAGACAUGCCAAUGCCCUCUCACUAUUUGAAUCUGCAGAAGAAUGGUCUAAAGCUUUAGAACAAGUCUGGUACCAUCAGCACUAAAAUAGACUGUAGUGGUUAUGGUGCUUAGAUUGCUCCUUAAAUUUUGAUAUGUCUAUAUGGGAAGUAUUAAGAGUAGUGUUCCCAUUUUGUUUUAUAUUACUCUCCACAUUCUUUCCCCCUUGUCUCCUAUUUAUAUUUUCUUAUAAAACAAUUGUUUUGUUUUUUUACUUAUUGUGGAAUGCUUAUUGUCUUUUGUUGCAUACAUAACUUGGGAUUCCAUUAUGUAGAAGAUGUCUGUCACACUUACAGAAAAUUGUUUAAUGCUGCCUGGGUGUUAACGUGAUUAAGGCUACUUAGUGUGGUUAUUUUAACAUUGGUGUUCUUUGUCCUCUUUGGAUUCAGAGCCCCUUUUCUUUAAAUUAAAGGGGAAAAAAUAAAAAAAUAAAUCGGUGAAAGGGACACUAUAGUCACCAGAACAACUACAGCUUAUUGUAAUGUGGCUUAUGGUUCUGUGUGAAUAAAAUGUUAACACCUUUGGUUUUAGUGCAUUGCUUUUCUCCCAACAAUAGAAAAUCUUUUUCACUUUCGGUUCCAUCUAUUUUUUUUAUUUUUUUUGAAUAGUCUCGUGUCUUGGCAUAAGCAUUCAUACAUGUGUCUGUCUUGCAGGUGGUGUAGGAAAUGAACCCAAACACACAGAUGCUUCCAAAUCCGGAACCUCUUCCCUGGCCCUCCUGGGUAUGUACUCGGACAGCGAGGAAAGCGAGUAA